CAAUUAGAAUUCGAGCGACGGCUGGGGCGCCGAGUUCCGACCAUUUUGCCCGCCGUCCGAAAACAUGGCCGCGCGAUCUCUCUGGCGCUCCCGCGCCAGGGUCCUCGCGCUUGCCGGCACCGCCGCUUGCGGCGGCGCUGCGGCGGCAGCGGUCGCGACCUCCGACGAUCCGGCCACCGCCCUGAAGCUCUGCACCGUCGUCCCCGUCCGCCUCGCCCGGGACGCCGCCACGGUCGCCUCGAUUGCCUUCGAUUACCAAUACUCCCUGUUGGGACUGCCAGACGGUAGUGAAGAAAGGGCAAGAAUUAAGCACGAAGUUCAUCUCAGAUCAGCACUGAAGCUUCAAGAGUUAUGUUUCAAAAAUGGAGGAAUAUAUAUAAAGCUUGGGCAACAUAUUGGACAGUUGGAGUAUUUGGUACCUGAAGAGUAUGUGAAGACAAUGAGGGAGUCUAUGUUGAAUAAAUGUCCAGUUUCCUCCUAUGAUCAAGUGCACGAAGUUUUUAAGAAAGAGCUUGGAGAGACACCAGAUAAAGUCUUUACUGAAUUUGAUCCUGUUCCGAUAGCAAGUGCUUCCCUAGCACAAGUUCAUGUUGCCCGUACUCAUGAUGGCCGCAAAGUUGCUGUGAAGGUUCAGCACACUCACAUGACGGAUACUGCAGCUGCAGAUCAUGCUACUGUUGAUUUCAUUGUGAACACUCUACAUCGUAUCUUCCCCAGCUUUGAUUACAGGUGGCUGGUUGAUGAAAUAAGUGAAAGUCUGCCAAAGGAGCUAGACUUCUUGGUUGAGGCAAAGAAUAGUGAGAAAUGUAUGGAUAACUUUCGGAAGCUAUCUCCCCACAUUGCAGACUAUGUUUACGCACCAAAGGUAUAUUGGAACCUAAGUACCUCAAAGUUGUUGAUCAUGGAAUUUAUGGAUGGUGCACAAAUAAAUGAUGUGAAGACCAUUCGGGAGCUUGGAAUUCAGCCAAGUGAAGUUUCAAAGCUAGUCAGUCAAGCUUUUGCUGAAAUGAUGUUCAAACAUGGAUUUGUCCAUUGUGAUCCGCAUGCUGCCAAUUUGCUAGUUCGUCCUAUGCCUUCCAGGAGUAUUUUUGGUAACAAAAAACCACAGUUGGUACUUCUAGAUCAUGGCCUCUAUAAAGAGCUUGACGUGUCUACUAGGACUAACUAUGCUGCUCUUUGGAAGGCACUGGUUUUUGCUGAUGCUAAAGCAAUUAAGGAAAAUAGUGUGAAGCUGGGAGCAGGGGAGGACCUUUGUGCGCUAUUUGCAGGAAUUUUGACCAUGAGGCCAUGGAAUAGAGUUGUUGAUCCAGCUAUUGACCAUUUGGUUAUACAAGGCAGCGAUAGUGAACGUUCAGAGCUACAGAUGUACGCAUCUCAGUAUUUCUCAGAGAUCUCAGAACUUCUGAGAAGACUGCCUCGAGUAAUUCUGCUGAUGCUGAAGACAAAUGACUGUCUACGAUCUGUAAACACUGCACUGUUGCAGGGAUCUUCACUGGAGACAUUUCUUAUCAUUGGGAAGAUAUCUUCAAAAGCAGUUCUCGAGGCAAAGAAGUACGAAACAAGAUCUCUCGUACGCCGGUUGAGUGUCUGGUUGGAGGAAAUUUCGGUGGAAGCUCGUCUUCUAGCAAUGCAGUUGGCCCUGUGGCUUUUACAUAUUAGAAAAGCUUUGCCAUGGUGAAAACAUAAUUACCCGCGCAAUGAUAGUUCCUUCUACCCUUCCCUGAGCAUUAGUUUUAUGACCUUCGCCUAAUUCAUAUUCUUUCUCUCUGGGUUUAGAAUCUCUCCAUUCACACGGAGGAUUAUCGGUCCCGGAUCGACAGAUUGAAUUUUUACAUAGGAAACGAGCAAAUAAAUGUUGUCGAUACCUUGUAGCACACCGGCAACUCUUCAUUUUUUUGAGAUCUCCCCAUGGAAGUGAAGUGGGAGAAUUACUGUAAGAACAAAGUUUGAUUCUUUUCGAGGGACUCAUAUUUAAACCAGUUAAAUGAGAUGUCUGCUACUUUAA